GGUAGCUUCCGGACGGUCCGUGAAGCCGUCCUUUUCCUAUUGAAGUAGCAGGCACGAGCAUGCUCAGGCUCCAGAAGAGGCUGGCCUCCAGCGUCCUGCGCUGCGGGAAGAAGAAGGUCUGGCUGGACCCCAACGAGACUAAUGAGAUCGCUAACGCCAACUCCCGUCAGCAGAUCCGUAAACUGGUGAAGGAUGGUCUCAUCAUUCGCAAACCGGUUACGGUCCACUCCAGGGCUCGGUGCCGCAAGAACACACUGGCUCGUCGCAAGGGAAGACACACGGGAACUGGUAAGAGGAAGGGUACAGCCAACGCCCGUAUGCCCGAGAAGUUGUGCUGGAUGCGCCGCAUGAGGAUCCUGCGCCGUCUGCUGCGCCGCUACAGGGAGGCCAAGAAGAUUGACAAGCACAUGUACCACAGCCUCUACCUGAGGGCCAAGGGUAACGUGUUCAAGAACAAACGCAUCCUGAUGGAGCACAUCCACAAGCUGAAGGCAGACAAGGCCCGCAAGAAGCUCCUGGCUGAUCAGGCUGAAGCUCGUCGUUCCAAGACGAAGGAGGCCCGCAAGCGCAGAGAGGAGCGUCUCCAGGCCAAGAAGGAGGAGAUCAUCAAGAACCUGUCCAAGGAGGAGGAGACCAAGAAGUAA